GCGGCGCAGCAGACAACAGCGGCGCAGCAGGGACACAAAGGAAGCCUCCAGAAGACCCACGGUGCGCAGGGCGGUGCGCAGGGCCGGCUACAUGGAUCCCCGGCUGCUGUGCUGCGAGGGGGACAGGCCCGUCAUCCGGAGGGCCUACCGGGACGCCAACCUGUUGAAUGACCGGGUCCUGGACGCGCUGUUGCGGGCAGAGGACAAGUACCUCCCCGCUUCCAACUACUUCAAAUGCGUCCAGAGAGAAAUAGCUCCGUACAUGAGGAGGAUAGUGGCUACCUGGAUGUUGGAGGUGUGCGAGGAGCAGAAAUGCGAGGAGGAGGUCUUCCCCCUGGCCAUGAACUACAUGGACCGCUUCCUGUCCGUGGAGCCCACCAAGAAGAGCCACCUGCAGGUACUGGGAGCAGCCUGCAUGUUCCUGGCGUCCAAGCUGAAGGAGACGAUCCCACUCACAGCGGAGAAGCUGUGCAUCUACACGGACAACUCCGUCACACCGGCCCAGCUGCUGCAAAUGGAGCUGCUGGUUUUGAACAAGCUGAAGUGGGACCUGGCCUCGGUGACCCCCCUCGACUUCAUCGACCACUUUCUGUCUCAGCUGCCUGUCAGGAGAGAGAACAGGCCCAUCCUCAGGAAGCACGCUCAGACCUUCGUGGCUCUGUGUGCCACAGAUGUGAACUUCAUUGCCAGCCCUCCGUCCAUGGUGGCAGCAGGCAGCAUGGUGGCAGCAGUGGAGGGCCUGCAGACGAGAAUGGCAGGCGAUGCCGCGACGUCUCAGAAGCUGACGGAGCAGCUGGCGCAGACCAUCCGGAGUGAUCCGGACUGUCUCAGGGCGUGUCAGGAGCAAAUCGAGUCGCUGCUGGAAACCAGUCUCCGACAGGCACAACAACCGCAACUCUCGGUUACCAUGGAAACUAAGAACAUCAGCGAGGGGCAGGACCUCUCGACUACACCCACAGAUGUCCGGGACAUCAACAUCUGAUUGAGGGCUGCAGGUAUCACGAACAGUGGACAGGCGCCUCUCAAACACACGAUGUGCUGCGUAGUUUGGAGCGCUCACGUAACUGGACUCGACGGCCUAUCAGAAACUCUUCGUAGUCCAGAGCCAACUGUGGCGGGGACCAGACGGAAAUGGGACUCCAUCGCGCAUCCAGGACAUCAAUAACCUUUAAGGCUGCCGUUCAGCCGACACCGAAAGAAUGGCUGCAAGAUUAAUAGUGUCUGUCAAGUGUGGCUUCGUACCCGUGGGUAACGGGUACACCCCUACCACGGGGUUGUUUCAGGGCCUAGAGGGGCCGGCUGAACCCCACGCCACUGAGACUGAAACCUCUUGGUGUGUUUAGGCCUUCUUUGGCCCAUAUUUAUGUAAAAGAAAAGUAGGAAAGUAAUUUGCAAAUUUAUCAAGCAACCCACUUCUACUGAAGUGUUGGAGCACACUUUUAAGAGCAUCAAAUCAAAUGGAAGAGAAAUGUGUUUUAACCUCUUAAAUGUGUGUUCGGACAGCAGUUUAAAGCUAUUCUUUAUUGUAUGUUUUUCUUCGUAGGACAUGUUAUAUCUCUACUGCGGUCCAGUCAUUUUAUUGUCUUAUGCCAAUCUAAGAGCAUUUUAAGUCAUAAUCUGAAAAACAGCUUGUAUUCGUGUGUUUUUUACAUUGAUCUUUCACGUUUAGCAGUUUGAUAAACACGUCAACGUGUAACGUAAGAAGUCGAUUCCUGUAACAAACUGCUCUAGUUUACAGUGAGCUGUCACGCUUCAAGACAAACACAUAACAUCACCUGUUCCAAAGUGCAAGGUGAACUGCCAAACCGAAACCACUGUUCAGAUUCAGCAUGUAGUACACCCGCUGCACCACUAGAGGGAAGCAGUCGCCCCAAACAUCAUUCUAAGAGCAAAGGCCAUCCAACUGCAUAAUGGCCAUAACUCGGGGCUUUUUCAUCCCGAGAAAAAGUUGCAAAACAAUGCUAUUAACUAUCUUUUAUCCGUGUUGUCUGCGGUUAAAAAAACCACUUGAAACCAUUUCUUUGUUUUUCACACCACACAGAAUGUCUUUGUUCUCCAGGAAAAGAGAUCAACCUGUCUGCAUUUUGUAAAAUAAGAUAGGUGUUCUUUUAUUUAUUAUUACAUGUCACUUGGCUUUACAGCUAAAAGUUGAGUUGUUCUGAAAGAAAGUUUGUUUAUGCUGUUUUUUUUUUUUCAAACUUGAAGGUACAAAUAUUCUGCUUCUUGAAUAGGGAAGCCUCAACCAAUUGAUGCUUCUAUAAUGGUAUGAACUUUUGUAUUGUUUUAUUUUUUCAUUAAGGGCGUGGCCCUCAUGACAUAAGCUUGUAUCAGGUUAAGCCUCAUGUUGGUGCUUUGUGUGUGUGUGUGUGUGUGUGUACGGAGUGUAAAGAUGAAUUAAAGGAA